UAGAUGAACAACACAAAUAGAUAUUAUUCUGAUGAUCCUAAUCAAUAACUUCAAUAUAAUUAACCAGCUAUCAAUUAAUAAAAUCCUUUUGAUAAUAACAAUAGGUAACCAGAACAACUUGCAAAUCAAAUUGGAAAUUACAAUCAUGCUGCAUUUAACAAUCCAAUGAAUUCUUAUGAUAAUGAAUACAAGGGUUUAGUAAGCUCUGCUGAUUCAACAAUUAGAGCUGGAUUCAUUGCCAAAGUAUAUGCCAUCAUGAGCUUUUAACUUGCAAUCACCUUUCUGUUAAUUUUGGCAUCUUAUUAUUUCUAAAAUGUGAGAAAUGCUAUCAUCAAUACAUAAACAAUCUAAUACACACCAUUCACUAUUAUUUGCUUUUUAAUUGCUUUUAUUGUAGAAAUUGCAAUUUUCUGUUGUAGAAAAGUAGCCAGAAGAGUAAUCAAUUUAUAAUAUUCAUAAAUAGGUACCUCUCAACUACAUAUUGCUUAUUAUUUUCACUUUAUGUUUUAGUACUGUUGUGGCUGCACCAUGUAUCAUUUGCUUUGAAUUAUUAUCAAAUGGAGGUAAAUUAUCAAUUUUAAAUGUCUAUUAGUUCAAUUAGUCAUUAUUGCAGCCUCUAUCACUUUGGCAAUUACUAUUUUGCUCACAAUAUAUGCAUGGCGUACAAAAACAGAUUAUUCAGCAUUAGGUUGAUAACUUCAUAUAUAUUCAAGGACAUUUAUGUUUUGUUCUAAGUGCGAGUUUAUUGAUUAUGUGCAUAGUUGGUCUAUUUGUUAGAAAUAUUUGGUUCUAAUUACUUAUUUGUACUAUAUGUGUCAUCAUAUAUGGAGGCUAUAUUAUAUUUGAUACCUAACUUAUUAUUGGAAACCAUGUAAUAAUAUUGUUCCAUAUUUUAGUCUAAUUACUUAUCAAUUGAUGAUUAUAUCAUUGCAGCCAUGUUAUUAUAUAUUGAUAUCGUUAUUUUGUUUUUGAGAAUACUAGAAAUUUUGAUGAUUAUCUUUGGAAAAAAUUGA